AUGCCUCACAAGAAACAGAAAAAACCAACCAAUGCUCUUCAAAAUGGCUCUCCCAAAGGGGAGGCAAAGACGUCUGUCUUUGACUCAUCACCCGUCAAAGGUCCGGUUCUAGCCUCCACAAACUACAGAGAGAUCCAUCAAGAUGAAGCCGAAGCGCUGAGAUCAAUUUACGGCGAAGAUUUUCAAGAUGUAGAGCUUAGACAAGCAGCUUGGCAGAAAUCAUCUGAAGUGGCGUUUAAGCUGCGCCUCAGAGCGUCUUCGGAUCCUAACGUCAGCGUCUUAUUGUUCGUCGAGUUACCAACAACAUACCCGAAGACCGUGCCCAACCUGGUUAUCGAAGAAUCGGAUGACCUUCGCCAAGGCCCGAAAUCAAGAAUUGAAAUGGUUAUAAGAAAUAAGCCGAAAGAAUUACUCGGCUCGGAGAUGAUAUAUGAGCUAGCGGUGAACAUUCAAGAAGUCCUUGAGGAUGCCGCAGUUGCACGGGCAGAGGAUAAAGAUAUGCCCAGCUUGGAAGAGGAGCGUAUCGAACAGGAAGCCGCGGCCAUUCAGCAGGCAGAACAGCACAGGAAAGAGGAGCUUCGUAAACAAGAAGCGGCUACGGCUGAAGAAGAACGAACACUACAAAGGCUGUUGCAAGAUAAGAUCAGACAGCGCGAGCGUAUAAAGGCCCGAGAUUCUCGACGAAAGAGCCGGUCUGCGGCAUUGGAUGUAGCUGAAAUUCCCGAUGACAACUCCGGCUACAUUGCAUUUGAUCCCCCGUUGGUCAUGAAUGAUAUCGACAACCGACAGCUCACUUUUCAAGCGGUUUCUAGCAAGACGCUGAUUCAGUCCUCUCAGAAUACAGAGACGUUUACAGCAAGGCCCCUUGUAUCUGAAAAUCGGUCUCGUAUUCCGCUUGUGGUGUUAAAGGAAGUUUAUGUUGAGGAGAAGUGUCUGGACUCUCUAGCAUUUCGGCAGCAAAUGCGAACGAGUGAAGACAAACUCGAACUUCUGAAGAAGCUACGCCAUGCAAAUAUAGUUGAUCUGAUCGGCUUCAAAAUAUGCCGUCCGUUACAAGCACAGGACACAUCAAGCUGCAGUUGGCAAAUUUGUGUACUUUUUGAAUACGCAAAUAAAGGCUCAUUAUCUGAACUAUUGGACAUGGUAGGCGCCAUUGGGGUAGAUUCAAUUCGCUCUUGGAUGAUUCAGUUGCUCGAAGCGCUUGACUUUUACCACCGAAAUGGCGUUGUGCACGGUGAUAUUCAUUGCGGCCGUGUCAUGCUUUUUCGCCAUGCCACGGGGAGCACUACUGUUAAACUUCAAGGGAAUAUCGAAGCGGCUCUACCGCAAGGUGGUGACCGUCAACAGACACUGGCGACUUCAAGAUCUCCAUUCUGGUUGCCUCCGGAACUGACACAGAACGACGCGCACUCGACAGCCAAAACUGAUGUUUGGGAUCUCGGUAUUGUACUACUGCAGAUGGGAUUUGGCAAAGAUGUACUGCAGCGUUUUACAUCUGCCAAUGCCGUCAUGAACAGUCUUGAUCUUUCAAUGCCUCUGCACGAUCUUCUGCGGGAGGUUUUUAAACCAGAUCCAAAGAAACGCCCAACCGCAUUUCAACUUCAACCGUCAGAAUUCUUUCGAGUUGACGCUCCUUUACUUGAGAAUUCCCCAACUUAUCACUCCAAUUCUUACAUGAAACGACCUCGCAUGGACUCCCAAAUUGGGUUGCCCAGUUUCUCGCGUUAUGCUCACGACUUUGAUGAAGCUGGUCGGCUAGGGAGAGGCGGGUUUGGCCAGGUAGUCAAAGCACGAAAUAAAUUGGAUGGCCGCUUCUACGCUAUCAAGAAAAUAUCUCAAAAUUCCGCGAGUGCAUUAAAAGACACACUUUCUGAAAUCAUGUUGCUGUCGAGGCUAAACCAUCCUUACGUAGUCCGAUACUAUACAGCAUGGCUUGAAGAGGACCAUGAUGCAAUUGACUCUGAUGUUUUGUCAUCAACUGAAGAUGAUUCAAUCGGGGAUCGUGAUUUAGGCGCAAGUACUAGCGGCUUGGAUUUUAUCAGUUCCAGCGGAUAUCCCAAGGUCGAGUUUGGUUACGACAGUGGAAAUGAAGAAGACACCGCGUCUUUAGAUCAAGAACAGGUUGAAUCAAAGGGAUUGAUUAUUAGCAACACAGAUACCGGUGGCGAAAUCAAUCGGGUGCGGUCAGGGUCACAGGGCCGACCUGUGACGAACACCCUCUACAUUCAGAUGGAAUAUUGUGAGAAACAUACUUUGCGAGAUCUGAUCCAUGAUGGCCUCUACGAUGAUAUCGACCGUUGUUGGCGUCUUUUUCGUCAGAUUCUGGAUGGCAUAAGCCACAUCCAUAGCAAUGGCAUCAUCCAUAGGGAUUUGAAGCCGGAUAACAUCUUUAUAGAUGUGGCCAAUAACCCUCGUAUUGGGGACUUUGGUUUAGCAAUGAGCGGGCAUUUUACAACAGAAGUGCGUUCUUCUGGAGCAACGGAAAUCGCAGGAUAUUUUACCCGCAGUAUCGGUACAACAUACUACGUUGCACCCGAAAUCAAAUCAACAUCUACUACUCAAUAUAAUGAGAAGGUCGAUAUGUAUUCUCUUGGCGUUAUCUUCUUUGAGAUGAAUUAUCCACUACGAACGGGCAUGGAACGAGAUCAUACCCUACGAGCUUUGCGCGAGAAAAAUCACGUCUUACCCCCAAUAUUUCAGCAAGCAGAAAAAGCAAUUCAGGGAGAGAUCAUCGAGUCCCUACUUAGUCAUCGUCCUAGUGAACGACCAUCUGCCUCGGAGCUCCUCCAGAGCGGCAAAAUACCUCUGCAGGUUGAAGAGGAGACAUUCAGAAGGGCCAUAAUUGGCCUCCUAUCAGAUCCCAAUUCCCCUGACUACAAGAAGAUAUUAUCGGCCAUAUUUUCUCAGUCCCCGAGGAAGGUUGAAGAUCUCACGUGGGAUAUGGACUCCCGUGGGAAUCCAGAAGCGAAUGAAAUGCUCAUUCGGGGACUUGUCAAAGAGAAGCUCAUACAGAUUUUUCGUCGACAUGGAGCUGUGGAGAGUGCAAGACAAAAUGUUUUUCCCCGAUCAGGUCAUUACCAAAAUGGGGUUGUACGUUUAUUGGAUGCUUCUGGGAACAUGCUACAACUUCCAUUCGACCUCACGCUACCCAAUGCUCGGGCAAUUCCUCGACAAGAUCCGUCAUUGGAGAAAACAUUUUCUUUUGGGAAAGUUUAUAGAGAGUCACCACAUGGCGGCGAACCUAAAUCCCACCGCGAAGCUGAUUUUGAUAUAGUUUCUUACAACACAUUGGAUCUUGCUCUUAAGGAGGCAGAAGUCAUCAAAGUCCUUGAUGAAAUUAUCGAAACAUUUCCAGUUCUAAGAUCUGUCCCAAUGUGUUUCCACAUCAACCACUCCGAUUUACUUCAAAUAAUUAUGGAAUUUUGUCGAAUUACUCAGGCUCAAAUGCCGGUCACAAAGGAGGUACUCAGCAGGCUAAAUGUUGGCAAGUGGACAAUGCAGAAGAUUAGAAGUUUGAUUUCCGAGGCAAGUGAUCUAUCUACUCGCGUCAUGACCCAAGAUGGAAUUAUUAAUGCUCUUUUUGCAGAUACUCCUGAAAGAGUUCAGCAGAAAUUACAAGUAAUCAUGGAGGGCACCGAAUUUGCUGAUAGGCUGCCGCCUAUUUUUGCUCGUAUCAAGGCUCUAGUUUCCUAUAUCCAUGGGUUUGAUGUUAAGCGCAAGGUCUAUAUCAACCCACUGGCAAGCUUGAAUGACAAAUUUUUCCGAGGCAGCAUUCUCUUUCAAUGCAUAUUUGAUGGGAAACGACGGGAUGUUUUCGCCGCUGGAGGAAGAUAUGACCGACUGAUUCAAGAAUUCAGGCCCAAACUGCUUUAUAGUCGCGCUCAGGCACAUGCAGUAGGCUUUAAUCUUAGCUGGGACCGGCUGAGUUCGUCAAUGGUCGAACUCAUAAAGAAUUCUACGAGGGUUUUCACGAAGCACAAUGAAAACGAAAUCGAAAGCUUUUGGCGAUCUCGACGGUGCGAUGUCCUCGUUGCAAGUUUCGAUCCAACUGUACUCCGCACAUUGGGAGUGCGAAUUGUGCAAGAGCUUUGGUCGCAUGACAUAAUAUCUGAGCUUGCAGUAGAUGCGUCCUCAUUCGAAGGGCUGAUGUCUCACUACAAAGAGGAUAGCCAUACAUGGGUCGUGAUAGUCAAAGCCGAUAGCAACGAGCGCGGACUCAAAAUCAGGAGUCUGGUCAAGAAAGAGGAAUAUGAUGUGAGAACGUCUGAUCUGGUUCCUUGGCUGCGCACAGAGAUACGGUCUCGAAAUCAGCGUGAAAAUGUAGUCGACAUUCCUAAACUGCUGCGAAAUCCCAAUCAGCCAGAUACCGGCGGGCCAAGCGGAGAUCGAGCGAAUGACGUGCGUAUUCUAGUCGCACAGCACAGGAACAAGAAAACGAACCGACGAAAUAUUAUUGACUCAGCUCUUCUACGUUCUCGUGAACUUGUAGAAAAAGCCCUCAAUGGGCCCAUUGCUGCUAUUGAUACGAGGGAUGAUCUACUAGAUGCCAUUCGGGAUACGCGUUUAAGUGACCCUGACAGCUGGCGUACAGUUAUUCAAAACGCCCCUCUCACAGAGCGGAAAUACCUUGCGCAGGUUCACGAGCUGCUUCAGGACCUUGCUACUGAGUAUGCACCAGGCGGAGGUAAGGAGCACGGCUCGCAUAAUGCCUUCAUCUAUAAUUUCCGCACUGGAGCGUGUAUAUAUUAUGACUUGGGCCGUUCAGCGUGA